AUGCCCACCCCGCUCACAGCUGGCGCGCCUGUAGAUCCCGCGCCAUCCCAGCAUGAGCACCGUCGCACCAACGGUCCGCCAUUAAAUUUAUCUCGCGUCGUAGAGUCGCAACCCGCCUUUAUAAGUUCCUUGAAUAGAAAAAAAUUAAAACACGGAAGAGGAGAAGGAGUUAUGAGUCCGGAAGAAGAAGCGUCAGCAUCUCCGCCGGCGGCUUUGAUUGCCGGACGUGAGGAUGAAAGAAGAGUGUCUUCGCCGCCACAAGGCAGUAAGUUCCUAUUAGAUGACGUGCCAUGUACCCGCGUUCAAAAAUCGCACAUAACAAAGGUUUCUGACGAUGAGGCUUCCUCGGACGAGGAAGGGACGAAAGUUUGUCCCGUUAAUGACUCGCCUAAAAAACAUGAAACCAACGAAAACAACGAAGACUCGUGCGGAACAAGUGACGUUGAAAAAUUUGAUGGUAAAAUCGUAUACAAUCCGGACGGUUCGGCAUAUAUAAUCGACGAUAGCGAACUAAGUGAAGAAGAUACGAUUGCCGAACUUCCGAAAUUAAUAGCUGACGGAUGCAUUAUCGAUGGCAGGGGGAUUAACACGUCCCAACCGCAAUCGUUUCCACAAAUCGCGAAUGCUUUUUACGUUUCGCGUAAUCCCUCGUUGUAUAGCGCUUUGUAUGGAUCAUCCGCUACACUUGCCAAUAGAAUAAUGCAAGAUAAAAAAAUAGUUCCUGAAGUACCUAUUAUGCACAGCUACAGGGUGUAUACGGUUCGUGAUAAAAGUUGUGAUCGAGAGAUUAAACGUGAAAAUGAAGAAAGCAACAAAGAGGACAAAGAUAAACAAUUUGGUUCCGGUAAAGAUUGUUCUUCAGUUCCUGUGAAACCGAUUCUUAUGUGUUUCAUUUGUAAACUUUCUUUCGGGUACACAAAAUCCUUCGUGGCGCACGCCAUGGGAGAUCAUAAUUUAAUUCUUCGAGAGGACGAAAAAGAAAUUCUCGGACAAAAAAACGCAUCAGCGAUUAUACAGUGCGUGGGCAAAGAAAAGGAACCUCUGGUGUCGUUUCUCGAGCCAUUGUCAACAACCAUUCCCGAUGAAAAACCGCCUCUUUCGGCAGUUUCUCUUAUUCUUAAGCCACCGCAUAAGCUAUUCGGUACAGAACCGGUUAGAAACUCUCGCCCACCGAGCGGUAACGGUAAUCAAGGUUCCUCAGAGUGCGCGGGUGCUACUGGAUCGGAGAGCAGCCUUCUAGUGCGUCGCCCGUUGCAGUCGCCCGUCGUCCAAAAUCAUGUUCCUGAGAUUUUUGUUUCCCUACCUCAGCACGGUAGUUCUACUAGUAGUGUUAACAAUAGUAAAUUGAUGAACAGUGUCAUGGAUUUAACUAGAAAAAGUCCCGUGUCGGCAAGUGGUGGUAGUGGUGGUGGUAACACCGGGCGAAGUAGCGUUUCCCCGGGAGCAGGCACUUCUCCAAGUUCGGCUUUGUCUCCUCUUAUGGCCGCUACGCCAACAUCUUCGUUGCCAUAUCCACCGCCGCCCCCAAAUUUUUUAACGGGCACAACAAUCGGAGUUUGUCCUGAUCACAUUGGCGGUCGACCGAGUGGGGUCGAAUGCGCAAAAUGUGAGCUCAUAUUAAGUUCCUCGCGUUUAGGCGGAGUCGGCGGUCCCUUAGCCGGCAUGCAUUCAAGAAACUCAUGUAAAACGCUCAAAUGUCCCAAAUGUAAUUGGCAUUAUAAAUAUCAAGAAACGUUAGAAAUACAUAUGAAAGAAAAACACCCGGAAAGUGAAACAUCUUGCAUUUACUGCAUCGCGGGACAACCGCAUCCGAGGUUAGCUCGCGGAGAAACUUACACAUGCGGUUACAAACCCUACCGAUGCGAAGUAUGCAACUACUCGACGACGACAAAAGGAAAUCUCAGUAUUCACAUGCAGUCGGAUAAACAUUUGAACAACAUGCAGGAGCUUCAAAACGGAGGCGUUCCGACUUCCGAAAGCAGUCCUUCCGUAAUGCAACACUCACCUCAUCAAACACCUCCUCAGCAUCACAAGCCCACGAGCAUGCCGAGUCCGAGCACGCCUCAUCAUCACAUGACUCCCGUUAGUUCGACUGUUCAAAAUCAAAAACCAAAACCGACGUUUCGAUGUGACGUAUGCAAUUACGAAACGAACGUCGCGAGAAAUCUCAGAAUACACAUGACAAGCGAAAAACAUACUCAUAACAUGAUGGUACUGCAGCAAAAUGUCAAACACAUGCAAACUCUAAGUGCUUUGCAUCAGCAAUCUCAACAGCAACAACAACAGCAACAGCAGCAACAAAUAAAUUUUGAAUCUCUUCUCCAUUUUCAUCCCGGUCUCACGUUGCCGGGAGACAAACCGCCACCGCAUACCGAGGCCGCUUUGGCCGACAUGGCAUAUAAUCAAGCUUUACUCAUACAAAUGAUGACGGGGGGCCAGUUACCGCCGCACAUACCGCCAGAAUUAGCUGCUCACAUGGAUAUGGGUUUGAAUCCCGAAACGAUGGAACCUCCACCGGAACCCGCCGACCCGAAUCCGACUCAUUUGUACACAUGUUGCGUUUGCAACAAUUUUUCGACUGACUCAUUAGAAGCUCUCUCGCACCAUUUAUCAGCCGAUCGGACCAAAAUAAGGGAACAAGAGAUUUUGGCAGUGGUCGCUGGUCAUUACGUCUGCAAACUCUGCACAUACAAAACGAAUUUAAAAGCAAAUUUUCAACUCCAUUGCAAAACGGACAAACACUUGCAAAGAUUGCAGCACGUCAAUCACGUCAAAGAAGGAGGACCGAGAAACGAGUGGAAAUUGAAAUACGUAUCGUCACCGGGCGGAAUACAAGUUCGAUGUCACCCCUGCGAUUACUACACAAAUUCCGCUCACAAAUUGCAAUUGCACACGACCGGACAAAGGCACGAAGCCGGAUGUUUACUGUUCAGACAUCUUCGCGAAGCAGAAGAAAGACUUCGCGAUUGCGACGAUUGGAUAUAUCAUUGCGCGUUAUGCGUUUUUUCGAGUCGUGCUAAAAUUCAACUUUUCCAACACGUUAGAUCGAUGAAACAUCUUCAAAUGGAACAGUUACAUCAGUUGCAAAGAAGAUCAGAGGGAAAAGAUCUUCAAGCUGACAUAAAUGAAAUAUUUCAAGUGGUACCCGCUCCGGAUGGUUUCACCGGUGACAGCGAAACUGAGAGAAAAGAAAAUCAACAGUCGUCUAACAGGGAAGAUUCGAAACAGGAUACGUCGGAAGAAGAAGCAAACGCAUCGUCUGAAGAAAAAUCAUCACAAUCAUGUCCUUAUUGUAAUUAUUCGAGCAAUUCGGAAAUAAGAAUUCAAGCUCACAUAUUGGCACAACAUCCUCAAUCGGAAAGUAAUCAACAAAGAGAACAACAACCCUCGUCUUCGUCGUCGACAUCUCCGACGUCGAAUCAAAAUACUACGAAAGAAUUCCUUUGUCCGCUUUGUCAGGAUGGUUUCAGAGAUCGUAUGGCACUCGAACGUCACGUCAUGCAAAUUCACAGCGUUAAUUCUGAGGGUUUGCAAAGAUUGCUCAUGCUCGUUGAUCAAUCUCAUUGGUUGAAUGCCGUUAACAGGAGUUCAUCACCUCAGCAGCAAAAUCACAUGAGUCCGGGGAGUAGCGGUGGUGGAAGCACUUCGUCUCACUGCAAAGAAUUAGACAAACCGUCGGAUUCAAUUGAGGAAAGAGACGAGCCGAGCGUGAUAUCGUCACCCGUGUUAUCCGAAGAAAACGCGGACGAAGAAUUCAGGUGUCAAACGUGUAUGAAAAAUUACAAAUCCCUUGACGAACUUUACGUUCACCAAAGCGAAUUGGGUCACGUUGAAAUAAAACAAACGCCCACGGGUCCCGGUUACGUUUGUUGGAAAAAAGGCUGUAAUCAAUAUUUCACUACGAUAAACACGUUGCAAUUGCAUUACAGGGAAAUACAUAUAAAAAACCAACAAAAUAUGUCGGUUUCGGAAAAACACGUUUACAAAUAUCGUUGCAAUCAAUGUAGUCUCGCUUUCAAAACCGUUGAAAAAUUACAAUUGCAUUCGCAAUAUCACAUAAUACGAGACGCCACAAAAUGCAUACUUUGCGGUAGAAAUUUCAGAUCGAUAAUAUCGUUGCAUAAACACGUUGAAUUAACUCACACGGAUUUAUCCGAGGAAGAAUUAAACACGUACAAACAAAGUCUGAUGAGCAAUCCGCUCAUGUUGGCGGGUUUAAGCGGAAACCUUUUAGAAUCGUGUCAAAAUGACUUGCUCAAAAAGGAAUCAAACGAUGACGAGGAAGAUCAAAUGGACGAUAACAGCGAUGAUUCAUAUAAGGAACAACAAUUUUUAGAAGAUUAUUUGAACAGUCAAUCAAUCGCUGAAGACAGUUACAAGGAUCCAAACAGAAAAUAUAAAUGCCACAAGUGCAAGUUGGCAUUCACGAGGCAAACGUAUUUGACGAGUCACAACAAAACUCUUUUGCAUAGGAAAGGUGAGAAAAUGAAUUAUCCGUUGGAGAAAUACAUGGAUCCGAAUCGUCCGUUCAAAUGCGAUGUUUGCAAAGAAAGUUUCACGCAAAAAAAUAUACUUUUGGUACAUUAUAAUUCCGUGAGUCAUUUACAUAAGUUGAAAAAAGCAAUGCAAGAGCAGCAAACGAACAACAACACGAUGACUCCCUCCCUACUCGGAGUCACGUCUCCGCCGUCGUCAUUGAAUUUAACAAAAUCCUCCGUGUCUUCAUCGGAAGAAGAAGAUAAAAAACCGUAUAAAUGCAACAUAUGUAAAGUUGCGUACAGUCAAGGAUCCACGUUGGACAUACACAUGAGAUCGGUGCUUCAUCAAACGAGAGCUUCAAAACUUCAAGAUUUGGUCAUAUCCGGUCAAAUCGACAUAAACAAACCGUUGUUCGAACAGCCAAACCAAAAAUUAGAUUCUAAAAAAGUUAACGACUUAAUCGGAUCUCCGAAUCAAAAAUUUACUUUUACGUCACCCUCGAGUAAUUCGUCUAAUCUUCACCGUUCGUCUCCUUUGAAUCCGCAAUCUCCAAAAAAUGAUUCGGAUGAUAAGGACACGCUGAUUUGUCAAAGGUGUAACGCGGGAUUUCAAAAUCAAGAACAAUUGACGACUCAUCAACAACUUUACUGUUUGUUCGGGAGUCCGAUGAAUUUAUUUCCGCCAAUAACGAAUUCAUCGUCCACUCCGAACAGAGGUAUCACGCCGCCGCCAAAAUCACCUGGUACUCCGGGUGACGAAAUCAAUAGACUUAAUUUGACAAAUAAAAAAUGCUCACAAAUGUACAAACAUUUGCUUGAAAGUUUCGGUUUUGAUCUCGUCAUGCAAUUCAAUGAAAAUCACCAAAGAAAAAGAAAAGAAAGAGAGGAAGCUGAAAAAAUAGAAAAAGAAUUUUUAAACCAAAGCGAAAAUAUUGAUAAACAUAAUUUGGAAUCUCACGAUAAAGUAGACGACGAAGACACGGAUUUACCCGAAGUCAACUGCAAAAGUACCUGUCAACACUGUCAUAAAGAAUUUUCAAGCGUUUGGGUACUCAAAGCUCAUUGCGAAGAAGUUCACAAAGAGCUCGUUCCCAUAGAUUUUUUAGAAAAAUAUGCGGAAGAAUUUAAAACAGAAUACGAAAAGAAAACGGCUAUUGCCACGACAGUGACGACAACCACAACCACGGCAAUAUCGACUCCGAACACGAGUACUUCAAUGUCGACGUGCACGGUCACGAGUUCGGGUAUCGAUAUAACACCCGAAAAAGACGAAUCCAAAGAUGCUAUGCAAAAAAUAGCGCAAAUGCAAACGGAUGAUUUGACACCGCCCACGGCUUCAUCGACUCCGGCCAGCAGCACGGAUUCCAUUCCGGCUGGAAUGUCCGGACUCAGUCCCGGAGUGGCAAAUUCAAAUUCAUUACAAAUGACUUUGGCACAGCAAAUGAAUGAAAUGCAAGCCGCGUUCAACGCGAUGGCAGCAUCGCAACUUCAGCAACAAUUGCAACAAUUUAAUCCGAUGAUGAUGGGAAUGGCAGGUUUGGGAAUGGGCCUGCCUCUCGGAUUGAACAUGCCUGCAUUGGCUGCUAUGAAUUUACAACCGCCUCUUGUUCCGAUGAUGAUGCCUCCUCCGCCUUUUGAUCCGGUUUCAUUGGCGCAAGCUCAAGCUCAGGCUCAAGCUCAAGUUGCACAAGCAGCCCAAGCUCAAGCUCAAGCACAAGCACCGCCGAUUUUUCAAUCUCAGAGUAAUAUAGAUCCAGCCGCGGCUUUGAUUGCCAAACAACAACAGCAUUUACUACAGCAGCAGCAACAAGCGGCGACUGCAGCUCAACAAAAAAGAGCAAGAACAAGAAUAACAGAUGAUCAAUUAAAAAUUCUUCGAGCUCAUUUCGAUAUAAAUAAUUCUCCCUCGGAAGAGCAAAUUCACGAAAUGGCAUCUCAAAGCGGUCUCCCGCCUAAAGUAAUCAAACAUUGGUUUAGAAAUACGUUGUUUAAAGAGCGUCAACGAAACAAAGACUCCCCUUAUAAUUUUAAUAAUCCUCCCUCGACGACAUUAAAUCUCGAAGAAUACGAGAAAACGGGCGAGGCAAAAGUUAUGCCACUAAAUAGCAGCGGUAGUAGCAAUUCGGAUGAUUCGGGUACUCAAAAGGAAAACUCGCAUCGGCCGCCUACGGCGGCCUCAAUCUCAUCAAAUCCGAUAAAAAAAGAAACGGCUUCUAAAGCGAGUCAGAUUCAGGGUCAACAGCUUGCGCAGCAACAACCGCCGCCGUUAUCUCGCACUCCUCCGCCGCCCUUUCUAGACCCCCCGCACAUUAAAUCCGAGCCGCGGGAUCGGGAUAAUUCUCAAAUUCACGAAAAUGAUAAGUUCAGCUUUUUGGAUGAACCGCGUGGAAGAAUGAGAAGGGAUAGCGUGGAUAGUUUCGAUGAAAAAUCAAGUUUUCACAGUCCGGUUCAUCAUUAUCCUCCACAGAGUCCUCAUUCAAUAUCUCAUAACGAAUCUCAAGUUCCUCAAAAUUUAUCAAGUUCCUCUCCGAACGGACUUAGUUUGUCUAAUAUAAUGAACGAAUCGGGUGGAAAUCUUACCGCGAUGACGCAAAAUAUGUUGCCGCCAAAAUUGACUCCUCCUAAUUUUGCCUCUCCAAAUCAAGUUCCUAAUUCAAGUGCCAUCGUAUCUAUGCCGAGUUCGAGAUCUGUGUCUCCGGCUCGGUCGACAAAUCAAGACUUUUUCUCACACUCAGCUUUAAGCGGAGGAGGCGGUGGUAACAGUAACGGAAGUAAUUCGUCCGGUGGUUCGGCAUCCGGAAAACGGGCCAACAGAACGAGAUUCACCGAUUAUCAGAUAAAAGUCCUUCAAGAAUUUUUCGAAAAUAAUGCGUACCCGAAAGAUGACGAUUUGGAAUAUUUGUCAAAAUUGUUAAGUCUCAGUCCGAGAGUGAUCGUCGUGUGGUUUCAAAACGCACGACAAAAAGCUAGAAAAGUUUAUGAAAAUCAACCUCCGGUUGAACCGGCUCCGGGAGCUGAUGGAAACGAAGCCGGUCGCUUUCAAAGAACUCCCGGACUGAAUUAUCAAUGUAAAAAAUGCUUACUCGUAUUUCAAAGAUACUACGAACUCAUCAGACAUCAGAAGACUCAUUGCUUUAAAGAAGAAGAUGCCAAGCGUUCUGCUCAAGCUCAAGCGGCUGCGGCUCAAAUCGCGGCCGUUUUAUCAAGCGAAGACUCAAAUUCCAGUACAAUCGAAAACCAACAACAUCAAAAUCAACCGACGGCUUCGGUAUCGUCAUCCGCUCAAAGCAAUCCACCCACGCCAUCAGCACCGGUGACACCUACCCCGUCGAAUCCAUCGCAAAAUCUUUACCCUCAAUCUCCGGCUCCUUCCAACACUCCGACACCCGAUCCGAACAACAAAGACGGAACCUUUCAAUGCGAUAAAUGUAAUUUAGUUUUUCCGAGAUUUGAUCUUUGGCGAGAGCAUCAAUUGGUCCACAUAAUGAAUCCGAAUUUAUUUCCGACUUAUCCUUCCGACAUACCGUUCGGUUUAUUGCAACAGCACGCUCAAUUGCAACACCAACAACAAUUGGCUAGCAUGAGCGUAGAUCUUUCGAUGAACUCGUCGCAACAUCCUCUCGCUGCCAUGUUAUCGAACAAAAGAAAAUUCGAAGACUACGACGACAUGUCGGACACCGGAGGCGAUCAACCCAAAGACAAAAGACUCAGAACAACGAUUUUACCCGAACAAUUAGAUUAUUUGUAUCAAAAAUAUCAGAUUGAAAGCAAUCCAAGUAGGAAAAUGUUAGAAAGCAUUGCGAGAGAGGUCGGACUGAAAAAACGAGUGGUACAAGUAUGGUUUCAAAAUACGAGAGCCAGAGAGAGAAAAGGACAGUUCAGAGCUCACGCUCAAGUCAUUAACAAAAGGUGUCCGUUUUGUCCGGCUUUGUUCAAAGUUAAAUCAGCACUUGAAAGUCAUUUGCAAACGAAACAUUCUGAUCAGUACGCAAGAGGAGAGAUUAAUAUAGACUCACUACCGGACGAAGAGCUUAGCCUCGAGUCCAUAUCUAACUUUCAACAGGGUAACAGCAAUUCAAACGCUAUAUCUCCAUUGUUUUCCUCGUUCAAUUCCGACAUUGAUUCAAUAAAAAAAUAUUACGAGGAAUCGAUGAAACGUUACAUGAGCGAAUUGCAACAGAAUCAAAACGGUGAAAAAAUGGACGAAAGAGGAGAGUGUCCGUUGGAUUUAAGCAAACCCGUAGAUCUCAGUAAACAAAUGAAAGUUAGCAUGGACGAUUCAAGAGUCAUAGAUAUCGGACCGCUAACGGAUCUCAGCGAGAAAAGUCUCAACGACGACGAUUCCGCGUCAGAAACAACCGAAAUGUUUUACUACGACGACAGCAAUCCCGUAUCCCCGGCAUCAAGCACUCAAAGCAAUAACCAAAAACAAAACAAAAGAUUUCGAACACAAAUGAGCAACACUCAAAUAAAAGUCAUGAAAUCUCUUUUCGGCGACUACAAAACGCCAACAAUGUCCGAAUGCGAAAUAUUAGGUAGAGAAAUCGGAUUGCCCAAACGUGUCAUACAAGUCUGGUUUCAAAACGCUCGAGCCAAAGAUAAAAAAGCUAAAAUAACAUUGCAAAAAGGAAGCGGAGGAGAAGAAGGUUCGGAAAAAACACCGGAAGAAUGCAAAUUAUGCGAUUUUAAAUAUUCACAUAAAUAUUCCGUGCAAGAUCACAUAUUUACGAAAUCACACAUAGACAACGUGAAAUUAAACGUGGAACAAGAAUCCGGAAGUAACAGCGAUCAAGAUUUUACGGUUCCACCCGUACCGGGUUCGAGCACCGAACAACAGCAAUCCUCAACGACUCCGAUCGUUAAUCACAAUAAUAACAACAACACGACAAAUCAACAUUUGGCACAAUUGCAAAUCCUUCAAAUGGCAGCCGCAACGGGCAUGAUGAAAGAUAAAAUACCCAGAGCCGAAGAAAUGGCACAGUUGCAAAUGUUACAACUGGCAGCAGCAUCGGGUUUGAUGUCGUCAAAAUCAGAUGACAAAACAAAAUUGGAUGAAAUUGCUCAAUUGCAAUUACUACAAAUGGCAGCAGCAACAGGGUUACUACCCAAAAUGGAAUUGAACAAAGAAAUGAAAGAGGAAAUGGCUUUGUUACAACAACUCUACGGUCUUCCGGGAUUCAUUCAUCCCUCGAUGGUCAAUUCGUCGGCUGGUGAGUCUGAAUUUUAA